AUGAGAAGAGACUCCUUAUCAAAUUCCAGCAAUAGAAUGAACUCAGACCGGGUAGAAAUAAAUUCUUUAAUCCUCCAAGCACUUUCUCUAAAUCCAGGACGCUCUUCAUCUAUUACCCCAAAAGUUCGACAAAAUAACUCUCCGCAAAAGCAGAAAAAAAUUGAUCUUUCAUAUAACGAAGAUUCCUUUCAAAAACCAUCAGAUUCUGUGCAUUAUUCAGAACAAAGCAAGCAGUCAAUCUUAAAACAGCUAAAAAUCGUUGAACAAGAUAAUAAACGCUUACAGCGUGAAUUAUUAAUUUCAAAAGAAGAAAAUAAAAAUUUAUUAAAACAAAACAGCGAGCUUAGAUACCAAAAUAAUUCACAGCAGCUCUCAAUACAAAAAUUAUCCUUAGAAAUCGAAAAAAUCAAUCGUUCAAGAAACCUAUUAGGGACUAGAAUGCCAAUUCUUACAGAAGGAACUGCCUAUCCCCAACAAAGCCUUUUAUCACGGUCUGGUUCCAAGCCUAAAGAGCUCACAUCAGUUCUAACUCCUCAGCAAAAGCAAAUUACUUCAGAGUUUAUAGAAGAAUUAGGAAAUCUCAGCGUUGUAAUUAAAUCAAGGACUUCAAAACUGAAGCGGCACAGUAAAAAGUAUUUAAUUUAA